AUGAAAUAAUAGAUUCAAUCAGCUAGGAAACCAGGGAAGUCUGCUCCAAAACCAAAAGCCAGUCUUAAUAAUCAAUCAUCCAAUUCAAAGAAAGAGAUUACCAAUGAGUCGAAUGGGUUUGAUGCAUCAAAAUAACUCUUAAUCUAGCCUGUUCCUAUAGAAAAUAAAGUUCAAUAGAAUUGUUUGAUAGAAAUAGUUGAAUUGGCUAACUCUCUCAAAGAUGAUGACAGUGUAAGUGGACUCAUCUUCAAACAAAUCAUCGUAUCAAUUGAAGCAAAACUGACAGAAUUUCAGGAAAGACUUGACAAUAGAGACAAUCUAACUGAACUCAAUACUCAUCUAUAGAAUUUACAAUAUAUUUAAGCUAGUCCAAAUAGUCCAAACAGAAAUAAAAGUUAUUCAAAAAAGGAUGAUUCAAAUAAUGACACAAGUGGACUACUUCGCAAUUAAAGUUAAAUCUCCUUUGUUUAAAAUGAUAAUGUCAGUAUCAUGAGUGCCCAAGAUAAAAUGAAAAGUCCUUAAGGUCGGAGAUCAGCUUCCAAAUAAAAUUCGGUCAUCAUUCCAAACAAUUCACAGUAGACAGUGUCUGACAAUAAUAAGAUAGCUGCCUUAGAGAAAAGACUCAGAACAAAUGAGGAUAAUUAUGUUAAAUUGACCAGAGAAUUCUAAGAUUAAUACAAUACCAACAAUCAAAAGUUAGAAAAGACCAUUAAGGCCCUUAAUGAAAAGUUUAUGUCAUUUAGUGCCACCAAUUUGCAAUAACAAUAUAUUGAAAUUACUGAGAGUUAGAAGGCUUUGAUUUCACAUUUACAUUAGUAAUCGAAAGAAAUCACGUAAUUGCUUCCAACUAUAUAGCGAGAUCAAUAAUACCAUGCAUAAAUUAAAAGAGACUCAAGAAUCUUAAAAUAUAGAGAUAUCAAAUAAAAUCGAGCAUUGCUUACAAAUGCAGAAUGA